UCUUUUGCUUUCAGAAAUCAUUGAAAGAGGAAGCGGAGAAGGGAACAGCCAGACCCGUGAAAAUAGGAACCUCUUUCCCCACACCAUGAAGUCGCUCUUCAUCACCUCUGUGCUGCUGAGUGCUCUCCUCGCAGACUUGGCAUUGGCUUGGCGUUGGGAGAAACGGCACGAAUCAGCAAGCAAAACUAAAUAUGGGCACCAAGACUGCCACUGUUUGCAUGGAGGGACGUGCAUCUCCUAUCACCUCUUUUCACGAGUCAAACGCUGUUUGUGUCCUCAGGGGUACAGUGGAGAUCACUGUGAAAUAGAUGUCGAAAGCCAGUGUUACACGGGCAACGGAGAGGACUACAGAGGGACCAAGUCGGUGAACGAGCUGAAUGAACGAUGCCUGAACUGGGACUCCAUUUGGCUGAAGAGGGAGUCGUACAACCACGGCAUGGAAAAUGCCCGGGAGCUCGGAUUAGGCAAGCACAACUACUGCAGAAAUCCAGAUGGUCGGGCUAAACCGUGGUGUUACGUUAGGAAGGAAUACAGAACCGUUUCAACCUUCUGUGACAUACCAGACUGUCACAAACAAGCCACAUGCGGCCAGAGGAGCUUUAGCAAGUACUUCAAGAUUGUGGGCGGGAAGCAGGCGGAGAUCGAGUCUCAGCCCUGGAUAGCAGCCAUCUUCUAUUACAUGAAGAGACAGGGCAGGACUAUGUUCUUAUGUGGGGGAAGCCUCAUAGAUCCUUGCUGGGUUGCUACAGCGGCUCACUGUUUCAAGGGGAAGAGUCUUGACCCCUCCCAGUUCACGGUUGUUCUUGGAAAGAGCUCCUUGACCACCGACGAAACGCAUGAACAAAGAUUUAAGGCCGAAAGGGUUAUCCUUCAUGAUGAAUUUUCAGAAGAAUCUCGAAAUUUCGACCAUGACAUCGCCCUUUUGAAGCUCCGAUCGUCUUCGGGGCAGUGCGCGAAAGAGUCAAACGCCGUCAAAACCAUUUGUUUGCCGUCUGAAAACUUAGUACUGAAUGACAAUUUCCGGUGCGAAGUUUCUGGCUACGGGAAAGCGAACAGCAGUGAUAUUUACUAUGCUAGAAUUCUAAAAUCGACCAAUGUGAACUUGAUAUCCCAGUCCUUGUGCCGGGACGAAUACUAUCACGAUCGUGGUCUGAAUAGCAACAUGUUCUGUGCUGGAGACCCACGCUGGAAGACAGACGCAUGCCAAGGUGAUUCCGGUGGUCCUCUGGUCUGUGAGUCCAACGGCAGGAUGGUUCUUUACGGCAUUGUCAGCUGGGGCGAUGGGUGUGCAAAGGAAAGGAAGCCUGGCGUCUACACCAGGGUCACCAGAUACCUCCCUUGGAUCGAAUCCCACGUGAAUGGAGUGCACUUCAAAAGCUACUAUGAUCCUAAGUGAAAAGAGCAUUUCCUCUCCCAGAUAAGGGACCCGAAGCGCAGAUCCCAGGUGUUGGUCGCAAUGCCAACAGAGUGAAAACUGAGCCGAACUACAAUGCAGUGCAUUGAAACUCCCAGUCUGGUCUGGGAGUUGAUCUUACCUCUUUUGAGGGUAUCUUUUCAGACUUCUCAUGGGGUCCUUUGUUAAUGUUCAUCCUGGUUUGUCUGAAACAGAAAUCUGUCUCCAUCUCUGUGGAUGAUACACAAAUUCUCCAAUGGGAAGAAACCACUAUAUAAUAUUUAACAUUUAAAUAUUGAGUGUUUCCAAGCCAA